GCGCGUGUCUGACAGGCCGUCGGAGCCGGCUGGAAGUGGCCUGAGGGAAGGAGGGAGGGAGGCACGGAUGGAUGGAUCCCCGCGUGGCCUGGAUCCAGCCCGAACAGAAAGGCCCCGCCAAUGCGCUCUGGAUGCAAAUCUGGGAGACCUCACAGGGCCGAGCCGGCGGCGGCGCGUCCUCCUCGCCCUCUCCGUCUCCCUUCCCGCCAACCGCCCCGCCCCGUUACUCCCUUUGCCGCUUUAGCAGCGCCACGACCACGACCACGACGACGCCUCGCUCCGAAGGGGCCGCCGCCGCCGGACCCCCGUCGUCGCCUCAGCCGGUCUCCCUCCGCCUCCUCCCCGCCCAGACGGCGGAAAAGCGGACGCCGCGGCUGCUGCUGCUCCAGAAAUCUCUCUCCGUGUCGUCGUCGUCGUCGUCAUCUUCUUCAGCCGAGUCCGGCGCUGACAGUCCCGGCGGCGGCGGCGGCGGCGUCUCUUCCUCCUCCUGCGGCCGGGCCGGACUUGGGCCGCCCCCGCCGCCCCCUUCUCUAGCCUCCCGUAAAGCCGUAGAGGGCUCGGCCGAAGAGAGCCAAAUAAAGCGAGGGGGGAAGGAGCAGGGAGAAGGGCAGAGCCAGCGGGCCCUUGCCGCCGCCUCUCCCCAUCAUUACCAUCACCACCACCACUACCACCACCACCAGUACCACCCCGGCCGCAGGAAACGAGAGAACAAGGCCAGCACCUAUGGCAUGAACUACCUGCUCUCCAGCGGCGGUGUCGGCCGCGAAGGGGUCGCCCUGGCUGGGGGCAGCAGCCGCCCCUGCUCCCAAGCGCAGCCCCUGUGCGACCUCGCCCUGGGCACGCCUUGGAAAACCAGGCAGUACAGCACAGGUGUACAAGGGCUUCAUGAAGAAAUAAUUGACUUUUAUGACUUCAUGUCCCCUCGUCCUGAAGAAGCAGUUAUGAGAAAAGAAGUAGUGAAAAGAAUAGAAACUGUCAUCAAAGAUCUUUGGCCUACAGCUGAUGUUCAGAUAUUUGGGAGUUUUAGUACAGGACUUUAUCUGCCAACUAGUGAUAUUGAUUUAGUGGUUUUUGGAAAAUGGGAGAGCCCCCCUCUACAACUGCUAGAACAAGCACUAAGGAAACACAAUGUGGCUGAGCCAUAUUCAAUUAAAGUACUUGAUAAAGCUACAGUGCCAAUAAUAAAGCUUACUGACCAGGAAACGGAAGUGAAAGUUGACAUUAGUUUUAAUGUGGAAACUGGUGUGAAGGCAGCUCGACUUAUCAAAGACUACAUGAAGAAAUACUCGUUGCUGCCUUACUUGAUUUUAGUAUUAAAACAGUUCCUCCUUCAAAGGGAUUUGAAUGAAGUUUUUACUGGUGGAAUUAGCUCCUACAGCCUAAUUUUAAUGGCAAUUAGCUUCUUACAGCUGCACCCAAGAAUUGAUGACAGGAGACUGGAUGAAAACCUUGGAAUGCUUCUAAUUGAAUUUUUUGAACUCUAUGGAAGAAAUUUUAAUUAUCUGAAAACUGGUAUUAGAAUAAAAAAUGGAGGUGCCUAUAUUGCCAAAGAAGAAAUCAUGAAAGCCAUGACAAAUGGAUAUCGACCAUCCAUGUUAUGUAUUGAAGAUCCUCUUCUGCCUGGCAACGAUGUUGGAAGAAGUUGUUACGGUGCCAUGCAAGUAAAGCAAGUUUUUGAUUAUGCCUACAUUGUUCUAAGCCACGCAGUAUCACCACUUGCACGAUCAUAUCCCAAUAGAGAUUCAGAAAGUACUUUAGGAAGAAUAAUUAAGGUGACACAGGAAGUGAUUGAUUACAGAGCUUGGAUUAAGACGAAAUGGGGAAGCAAAGCUAACUUGCCAUCUGGUCUUGAUAUUCAAACGAAAGAGAGAGAACCAAUUUCUCCAUGCAGUGUAACCCAGAACGGAGAUGCUGAAUUGCUAUAUAACCAACCUUUAGCUUUGUCAUUUACUGGUGCACAACAGUUGUCGUCAGGCUCGUCUGCCUCUUCUGUGUCGUCUCUUUCUGGGAGUGAUAUUGAUUCAGAUACUCCGCCUUGCACAACUCCUAGCGUGUACCACUUCAAUCUGCAAGCACCAUCUCAGCUUACAGCUGGCUUACCACCAGCGUUGCCUAUGCCAAGUGAUAAAACUCAGCCUGUACCUGCAAGAACAUUGAUUAUGGCAACUAAUAAUCAGCAGCACAAUGGAAUGAAGUUUACCGUGAAAGGAGCUCAUAUUCAUAAUCCAGGCAGUGGAUACAAUUGUGCCAGUAACGGAGCGAUGAGGCAGCCAGUUGGCAACCGAGGGCACCACCAACAUAACCGUAAUAUCUGGAGAAGAAAGAAGUAUAGAGACAGUUUCCCUAUUAGCCUUAGCAGAUAAUGGCCAGCUUCAGGGUGUCCACUUUAGACUCAUGCAGUGUGUGACACUAGUCUGGGGGGACUUGAGACCAGCACUGAGCGCAUCAGUUUGUGGAUGUUGCCAAAUAUCUGCAUCCAACCUUUGCAUGUUUCUCUGUGUGGUGGUGGAGUCCAUCUUAAAAGAAAUAAUUGUGCUUAUCUGUGAAGCCUUAUUAAAUGUGGAAGUUUGUCUUCUGCCUAUCCAUGAUUACUUCAGUGCCGAAGCAGCUCUGGCAGGAAUAUUGCGAGGACCAUAAAUGCUGUGGCACUUUGCUGUAGCUGCAUUUGUUUAUUAUGGGUUGUUUUGUUUUCGUCAGAAAAGUAAUGGAUGGUUUGGACUUUAUUUUCUGUUGCGGAAAAUCUUUGUGACUUUGCUCACUGCCUUCCCAUUUCUUGUUUAACUUUUUUGUUGCCUUACUCAUAUCAAACAUAACUUUUGUGCAAUAACUCAGAAUGUUUUAAUCAUAUUUUCAUGUAAAUUAUAUUUAAGGGAUGGGAGGGUAUGUAUAUUUUUGUUGUUUUUUGCUUUUACAGAUCCUUUCCCAGGAUGCAUUUUCUAAGUUGGGUUAAUGAUUCUGGUGGGUUAUGUGAGCUAAGUAUUCAACGCAUCACAUUGAUAAUAUUGGAGGCUUCUUGAUUUGAAAUGAAACUGCUGAUCUGGCUUAAAUAUUUAUAGAAAGUAUUGAGCUACAAGGCAUUUUUACCCUUCCAUUUAGCUCACUAGUCUGGCAUGAAACACUAAUUUAAUUUUUGGCUAAUGGGUUAGGGCACAAUCCAUGCUUUUGUACAGCUCACAUUCAUUUCAAUGGGGAUCAUGCAGGAGAAUUUGAACCUUCAAUUUAUUCUUUACAACUGGACGAAGAUCAGCUUAAAAAUCCAAUGUGUUACGGUAAAGAUGGAUUAUUUUUACUUCUAAAUUGCAAACUACAAAUGCUUUUCAUUAGUUUUAUUUUACCCUCCUGCUUGGGUCCAAGCAUUGUUGCUGAAUAAAAUAUCCAACUUAAGGAAUGUGGAGAAAGGAAUGUAUAUUGAUUCCAUUAAGGAAUCUGAUUAGCAGUGUGCAUUAGUUCUGUUAAGAGCAACUACCUGAAAUGUACCUUUUGGCUUCUCUAUGCCUUUUUUUUUAAAGUAUCGGUCUGUUGUCUUGUAAAAGAGCACAGUCCAGUGCUACACACACAAUCCAUGUGGCAGGCAGUUGAUUUUGAUGCAUACAGGUACUAUGCAAGUGUGUAUCACCAUGGCAACCUCUGUUACUUUUUUAAAGCAAGAAAAUACACAUCCUGCCUAGCCCAGAGUUUUUAAAAAGCACCAUGUUCUCAAUGUCACUAGCUGCAUUUUUCAUGUUCUCUUUUUCCUUUUUUUUAAAAAAUGAGUUCUUAAAUUUUCUAAGCACCGUGCUAGUAGUUCUGCUUGAAGAGGGAACGUAGAAAGAAACCUGCCGCUGUGACAUCUUCAUGAUAAACAGAAGCGAAUAUUCCUAAAACUGAUAUUUGAAUGUUUGACACAGAAUGAGUCUUCUAAUAGUAAGCUUUAAUAUCUGCAACUUUGCCUUGGAAACUGUUGUGGCACACAUAAAAGAAACCUGUCAAAAGUAACGCAAGGCCUUUGGGUAGUGAAAGGAGCGCAACAUUCCAAAGUAGAGUAGCACACUGUUUUUUCCCCUGCAGUUCAUCUUGAUCCAGAGCUAACCACAAAUGCAACUUUUAAUUCUUUACCUAUCAUUAAUGUAUUAGUAUUGAUUGUAAGCUACUCCAAAAGACGGGCAUAAAGUUAUGACUUACUGUACCAGUGUCUGUUGGAGAAAAUGUGUAGUUUGCAAGCAUAGAACGAACAUGAAUAAGGCAGAGGCUUUGAAAAUGUGCACGGUGGCGACUGGGCAGCCUUUCAGCUGGAAAUAAGCACUCAGUAUAGUUAGUCAUAUGCCACACGCUACUAAUUCCUCUGGGAGCAACUCUUGAACUCUGGGGCCAGGGAUGCUCCCAUUGUAGCCUUUUAAGCCCCACCCCCUCCGAAGAUGAGCCUGAAUGUUCUUGAGCCCAAACCAGCGUUUCAUGCCGUGAAAGGGGUCGAAACCAGAAGGUUGUGUGCCCCUUCUUCUCAUACCCGAGCAGAAGUACACAGGGCUCUUUGGGUUCUUGCUCUGAAUGAUAAUAGCUGUUGCUCUGGGUAAAUGAUGAUUUUACAAUUAAUAAGUAAAUAAUUGGAUUUUGAAUUCGUAAAAUCUCAGCCCUGCUUGAUAUUGGAUAUGUAUCUUUGUUUUGACUAUUUUUUUUUAACCCUGUGAAAGUCUUUUAAUAGAUGCUGGUACAGUAAGGGUUCUAAACUUGAAUAAACCUGUAUUCAAGGGCUGAUUUUCAACGUAUACUAACUCUUACGUGCUAGCAAUAUUGAUUAUGAACGUACAUUAUGGAAACCUCAGUGUCCUGAACAGUGUCCAUUUAAAAGCAGGGAUAGGCUUAAGAGAAGCAGAUAUCAUGUUCCAUUUCAGUCAUGGUGAACCAAUAAAUUGCACUGGCUACCACACUGGUUAUGUUCUAUGCCGCUGUGGAUAGCUAAUUAAAAUAUCAUGUUCAGAUUCUUUUUGUGUGUAUAACAAUGUGGGAAGCUAAAAUACAUAUUUUUAUGUGAAGUUUUGUAUUCUUUGAUUUUUAAUAAAUUUUCAAGGCCAGA